AUGACCUUUUGGUUUCAAUAUCGCUCAGACCAAACAAGAAUUGAACUCGGGUGCCAAGACUUUGUACUGGUAUCACUGCCAACCAUGCCAGUUGGUAUUCGGGACUGUUUAGGGGCUAGUAUCUCAAUAUAUGAAAAGGUAGAUGCUUGUACGUGUUCCUGGUGUGAAACAGUUCCGGAGAUUGUUAACUUGCCAGGUUCAUUAGCAAGAAUGAACCAGUGUUUGGUUGUGGGGUCUGUUCUUCACUCAAUUGUGGUGUGUAUACCACAAAAGUCAUUCCGAGCGAAAGCUGUGGUAUACACACCACAAUUGAGUGAAGAACAGACUCCACAACUAAACAUUGGUUCCUUCUUGCUAAUGAACCUGGCAGGCUCAUGCCAACAGCCUAUGAAAUCUGAAUUACUUUGA